AUGGUUCCAACUCAGUCACUCAAUUAUGCUCUCAUAUUCUUUUCUUGCAUCUUUGUCAUCAACUUCUUAUCCAUUCCCGUCUGUGCCCUCAACAUAGGAGUUGAAACCACCGGAAUCACUGUCUCUGUGAGCAAAGAGUGCAGCAGAAAAUGUGAGUCAAGCUUCUGUUCAGUGCCUCCAUUAUUGAGAUAUGGCAAGUACUGUGGGCUUCUGUAUAGUGGAUGCCCUGGGGAGAGACCUUGUGAUGGUCUUGAUGCUUGUUGCAUGAAUCAUGAUCGAUGUGUGCAAGCCAAAAACAAUGACUACCUGAGCCAAGAGUGCAGCCAAACAUUCAUAGACUGUAUGAACAUAUUUAAGAACUCAGGAGCUCCUACAUUCAAGGGAAACAGAUGUCAAGUGGAUGAUGUUAUUCAAGUUAUCAAUGUUGUCAUGGAAGCCGCUCUGCUGGCUGGAAGAGUCUUACACAAACCCUAGAAUUAAUAAUGUUACCUUACCUGCCUCUCAAGUUAAAGGGCCAGAGGUAGACUUUCAGUUUUUUUUUUUUUUUUUU